AUGGCGGUCGCGCCAGACAGCGAGGAAGAAGACCGCGAGGAGGCGCAGGCGAAGGGCGGACGCGGCGAGGCGGGACACGGGCUCUUCACGUCCUGCCUGCACUGCCUCGCUGUCCUGCGGUGUGGCUGGUGCUGCGGAGACUUUGACGCGUGCGAACUGACGCAUGAAGAGGAGCUGGCGAUGCACUCGCUCAGCGCAGCAGCCUGCAUCCCCUUCGACACCGAAGACCCCAAACACGAGGCACUUCUUCGGCAGUUCUACGAAGAGGUGGUAGGCUCGCCCGACGCGCCUGCAGCGGACUCCGAGCGCGACUGGAAGGCGCUGGGCUUCCAGAGCCAAAAUCCGCGUACGGACUUUCGCGGCGGAGGCUUGCUGGCGCUUCAGCAACUGCUCUUCUUCGCUAGGCAUUUUCAUGAGCAGAUGGUUAUCUUAGUUGAAAAAAGCAAGCGCGACCGCUUUCCGCUAGCUGCCAGCCUCAUCAACGUUACACACGUGCUGGGCAUUUUUUUCAACCUUUACUCGGAUAAUCAUCUGGUGGCGGGGACUUCUGACGCGGCUCUGACCGCGUCGCCGCGGUGUCUGAAGAACUUUGCGCGGCUGUGCGCCUCCGUUAAUGCGACGAAGCGCGGCAGCCGGCGGUUGCUCAGGAGUCUGAAUUUUUCUUUUCGCUCCACGGCCUCCUCCGCCGCGCGGCUUCCGCGUGUGCAGGCCGCAGGCUGGACGGGACCUGACCAGGAGCGAGGCAGCGACUGGGAGCCUGACGAAUUCGCGCGGUGCGGCAGCAUGGGCGGCGCGGGGGACGCCUCGGGACUCGGCGCCGGGCCCUCGCGGAGCGACACGCUCGCGGCGUCGCCCUGCACGCUCUACGUGCUGAACUUCCUCUACGCGUGCGUGGUCAUUCGACUAGAUCGAGAAAUCGACAAACGGAAAGGCUGGUUCCACGAAGAAGACGCGGAGAAGUCGCCGACGGGGGCCACUGGCCUCUCGCCGCCACCGGCAACCUCGGUAGACCCGGCCGCUCUCGCAGCCGCUGCGCUUAGCCAGGGCUCCGGCGCGUCGGACUCGAUCUCGCGCUCCGCGUCCGUCUUCCAGGGCGGCGAGGAGGCUGGCGAGGGCGGCGCCGGAUUUGCGGCGGACGACGAGCUGCGGCCGCUGCUCGAUGGGGCGUCUCCCGCGGAGAGCGAGGCGGGCGCCGGCGGCAGCGGAAAGCCCUCAGAGCCGCAGGAGGGAGCGGAGCGAGAAGGCAAGGAGGCAGGAGAAGGGCAGGCUGACGCCGGCACACGGGCGACGCGCGGGAGUAUCGCCGCGCUGCAGACGAACAUCGUGAAGGCCGGUCGCGACCUCGCCGUAUCCACCAAGCGAGCGCUGCAAGGCGCUGAACCAGGCGACGAGCUCGUUCGCCACGGCCAGCGAGGAUCCACGAUCUUUGUGUUCGCAGAGAGUCUCGUCGCCUGUCGCGUGGCGGUUGAGGAGCUUCUCAGCUCGGGCGAAGUGCAUAAAGUCACUGACCUCCUCCGACUCACCGAGGAGGCGUGA